AAAGUCCAAACGGCUGUGAGCGGGACCUGAGAGAGGUACACAGCUGUGUGUGUCUCUCUGUGGACUUUAUAUUUCCUCUGUUGAUGUUACCGUGUUAUAUUUUGGCUCAGGAGAGUGGCUUCAUGGGCAGUAGGUCAAGUCACAUGUUGUUAUUCUGUCACGUGUCAGUGGAAAGUAAUGAUAAGUAGCAAAGAUGCAGUCUCUCCGCUCCUCCCCCUCUCCUGCUCAUGUUGUGUCUCCGGUUCCUGAGCUCCCGGAGCAGCCCGGACCCCCCCCACCCAGCCCCCCUCAGGGGCCCCCGAGGGACCCCGGGGCUCCCGGCACCCCUCGCCUCUCUGGGGGAGAUCCAGAGACCCCGGAACCAGAGAGCCAGUCCCCCAAUAGAGGAAGAGACACCCCCACAAGGUUCAGAAGCCCCAACUUUGGAUAUCACCCUGAUUCCAGCAGAGAACCCCAAGGCACAGAAAAACUCACCCCAGCCAGAGAUAUCAGCACCCAAAUUAAAGAGCGUGAGCUUUCCAGCCCUGAUAGAAACCACCACAUCGAAGAGAGCAGCAUCCCAAUCAGAGACAGAUACCCCACCUUCGGAGGCAGAAAUACCCCAAGUAGAGAUAGGGGAUCCCCCAUCAGUGACAGAUACUCUGUCAGGUCUGCCAGCGAUCUCAAGAUCAGAGACAGAGAGCUCCCUGUCAGCAACAGAGACCCCCACGGCUCAGACGGAGACCCCCCCGGCCGGCGGAUGGAAGAGACAGCGAGGAACGCGGUGAUCAUCAGGAUCGGCAUCCCGGACCUGCAGCAAACGAAGUGCCUCCGGCUGAACCCUGAUGCUCCGGUGUGGGUGGCCAAACAGCGCAUCCUGUGUACACUAAAUCACAGCCUAAAGGACGUUCUGAAUUAUGGGCUCUUCCAGCCUGCUUUCAAUGGGAGAGCUGGCAAAUUCCUGGAUGAGGAACGGCUUCUGCGGGAAUACCCACCUUCUUUGGCAACACCUGUUCCUUACCUGGAGUUCCGGUACAAGAGGCGAGUUUACACACAGACACUGCUGGAUGACAAACAGUUUGCCAAACUUCAUACAAAGGGUAAUCUAAAAAAGUUCAUGGAGUACAUUCAAUUACAGAAUGCUGAAAAAGUGACCAGACUGCUAGAGAGAGGUAUAGAUCCUAACUAUCAGGAUCCAGACACGGGAGAAUGUCCUCUAACCCUUUCAGCGCAGUUGGAAGGUGGAGCAGAACUGGUAAAGUUUUUGCGAAAUGGGGGAGCACAUCUUGACUUCAGAACUCGUGAGGGUCUAACGGCUCUGCACAAAGCGGUUCAUUACCGCAACCAUGCCGUACUGAUGACCCUCUUGGAUUUGGGUGCUUCACCUGACUAUAAGGACAGCCGUGGCCUAACACCACUCUAUCACAGUGCUAUGGUUGGGGGUGAUCCUUACUGUUGUGAACUGCUUCUCCGAGACUAUGCCAGCCUCGGCUGUGAGGAUGAAAACGGCUGGCAGGAGAUUCACCAGGCUUGUCGGUAUGGACAUGUUCAACAUUUGGAGCAUCUUCUGUUUUAUGGAGCUGAUAUGAGAGCACAGAAUGCGUCAGGGAACAGCGCUCUGCACCUUUGUGCACUCUACAAUCAGGAGAGCUGUGCUCGGGUUCUUCUCUUUCGCGGGGCAAGUAAAGAGAUUCGGAAUUUCAACAACCAGACUGCAUUCCAGGUUGCCAUUAUUGCAGGAAAUUUUGAACUUGCAGAAAUAAUCAAAACUCACAAAGAAUCUGACAUUGUGCCUUUUCGGGAGACUCCAAGUUACACAAAGCGCAGACGUGUUGUGAGCUCUGUGGGUCUCUCAUCUCCGCGCUUCCUGCAGCGCUCUGCCAGUGACAACAACCUCAACUCAGAAGGAGCUCACUAUUCCCCAGUGCCCUCGCUCCGUGGUCUGCCCCCACAGUUUCUUUCCCAGGGGCCAGAGGUCUCCAGGGUAGCAGCAGUGGGGGACAGCAGUCUUGCAAGCACUACUAGUUCCCGUAGCACCCACAGUCGCUCCCCAUCACUGCACCGUGCCAGAGAGGAAAGAGAUAUUGACACCCACACCCUUCGAAGAGGACGAGGCAAGAGCAGCCCAGGGCCACUGGAUGUGAGGAGUACUGGCCCUCGAGGGCCCAAAAGGAAGCUGUACAGUGCCGUCCCAGGAAGAACAUUCAUUGCAGUGAAAUCAUAUGAACCGCAAGGACCUGGAGAGAUUCAACUCAACAGAGGAGAGAGAGUGAAGGUGUUAAGCAUAGGUGAAGGGGGCUUCUGGGAAGGUUCUGUGAAGGGCAGAAGUGGCUGGUUUCCAGCAGACUGUGUGGAGGAAGUACAGAUGAGACAGCCAGAUCCAAGGCAAGAAACCCGUGAAGAUCGAACAAAGAGGCUCUUCAGACAUUACACAGUCGGAUCCUAUGACUCCUUCACAUCACACAGUGACUACAUCAUCCAGGAGAAGGUGGCACGGUUGCAGAAAAGAGAACUGGAGGGAUUUGGUUUUGUACUGCGAGGGGCAAAAGCUGAGACACCAAUUGAAGAGUUCACACCCACGCCUGCCUUCCCUGCUCUGCAGUAUCUGGAGUCUGUUGAUGUGGAUGGAGUGGCCUGGAGGGCUAGCCUUAGAACUGGGGACUUCUUGAUAGAGGUGAAUGGUGUAAAUGUGGUGAAGGUCGGACACAAGCAAGUGGUAUCUCUAAUUCGACAAGGAGGUAGCCACUUGACCAUGAAAGUUGUGUCUGUAAGUCGGAAACCUGAAAGUGAGGAGGCUAUGCGCAGAAGGGCUCCCCCACCACCGAAGAGAGCGCCAAGCACCACACUUACCCUGAGAUCCAAGUCCAUGACAGCUGAGCUUGAAGAACUGGAAAGACUUGAUGAAAUCUUGGUGGCAUCGGAUCCCUCCUUGUGCCCAGAAAUUGCUGAAGCUGAUUCUAGAGCUGCUACUGUCAAACAGAGACCAACAAGCAGGCGCAUCACCCCAGCUGAGAUCAGUUCAUUGCUGGAGAGGCAGGGGAUUCCCCAACAUGCAGUAUCCCAUUACCCCAUCGAGAAACAUCAUUUUCCUCUUCAUCAUGGAAUGUCUCGGACAAAAUCUGUGGGUGAGGAUGAGAAGUUAUCAGAUUCUUUCUUUGAUGGCCGUUUUCCACGCAGUACAUCCAUGCAGGAUUCAUUAAGGGAAGGUCCUAGAAUCCCACCACCCCCACAAAAAGCUGCACCACCUCCUCCAACUCCAUAUUAUUUUGACACUGGACCACCCCCAACUUUUUCCCCACCCCCUCCUCCAGGCAGAGGUUAUGAUACAGUGCAUUCCAGCUUCAAACCAGGGUUUGAAGCCAGGUUUCAUGGGCUCCAACAUGGAAUGGGUUCUGCUGAGCUUCUAAGCAUGGAUCGUGGUCUGCCCCCUCCUGAUAGACAAAAGAGAGCUCGCUCCAUGAUAAUCCUUCAGGAUACAUCCCAUAUCCCAGUAGAACCCACAAGUAUUCCACGACCAGGUCCAUCUCCUACUCCUCCAGAGAAACUGAAAAGAAGAAGUCGAGCUGCAGAAAAUACAUAUGCCAACGUGGGUAUUUAUGCACCAAUGAAGCCACAAAGAAAGAAGAGCCCCCUUGUGAAGCAGCUUCAAGUGGAAGAUGCCCAGGAAAGAGCAGCAUUAGCUAUGGUUGGAAGCUUUUCGCGUGAUCCUUCACCAUCUCAGCGCAGCCCAAGACAGAGCAUGAUGGAACUACGGACAGCUCACCAUGAUCCACUCAGUAGUCCUUUUGUGACAGCACUUGCAGGAGUGAUGAAGGAACGUGAAAGGAGGCUGGAUGAAAAGCGUAAAUCCACAGUCUUCCUCUCAGUCGGAGCACUAGAGGGUACACCUCCAUCUCCAGAUCUCCCAUCCCUGCAGCCUUCUCGAUCUGUUGAUGAGCGAUUGUUGGGGAGUCGUGACGUUCUUCUUCCCUCACCUGGAUCCUCUUUAAAAUCUUUAAUGUAUAGUGGUUCUCAUUCCACUUUUAUUCACCCACUAACUGGCAAGCCUCUUGAUCCAAACUCACCCCUUGCUCUUGCGCUGGCCGCAAGGGAGAGAGCACUAUCUGCUCAGGCACCUUCUCCCCCUCCUCCAAGGACACCUACCCCAGUAAGGAGCCCAGAAUCAGACAGAGCUCCUCCACUCUUCCUGGAAAUACAAACCAAAGAGGGAGAGAUGGGAAUGGAGUUGGAAGGGUCGGCAUCCCCAAUUUACAGUCCAUCAGGGGCACAAAUUAAAGGUCAGUGGAUAACACCUUUACGCAGAGAUGGAAACAUUCGCCCAGAUAAGAGCCCCGAGAGACCAGAGAGCAAGGUGGAAGAGCGAAAACCUAUGAUCCUAAGCAUUGUGGACACAUCUCAACAGAAAACAGCAGGCCUUAUCAUGGUUCAUGCUACGAGCAAUGGAACAGAAGAAAAAGAACAGGAGCCAAAAGCUACAAUUGACAAGAAGGAAGUUGUACAACCCCCAGAUAUUGAAGAGAAAGCCCCCUCCAGCUCUUCAUCUGACAAGACACUUGGCCAGGGAAGCUCAGAAGAAGAAGUUGAACCCUUUGGAGGCAACCUGCCACCUGCCAUGCUUUCCUCAAGUGAUGAGGAGACAAGAGAAGAGCUGGCAAAAAUUGGACUGUUGCCUCCUCCUGUUGCAUUUGCCAAUGGAGUUCUGGUCACCAAAACUGGCACCCCCAUAAGCCAACUGACUAGACCUGGUUCUUUGGCUGUGCCAUCUGCCAAGCAAGCCAGCAGUACAACACCCUCAGGGAAGCCCUCUGAUGCACCACUUCCCCACCCGGAGUCAGCUACAGAUUCAGGUGUGGAAGAAGUGGACACGAGGAGCUCGAGUGACCACCACCUGGAGACCACGAGCACCAUUUCUACUGUGUCUAGUAUGUCCACUCUUUCCUCUGAAAGUGGCGAACCCACUGACACCUACACCUCGUAUGCUGACGGUCAAACUUUUAUACUCGAGAAGCCACCAGUGCCUCCAAAGCCCAAACUCAAGUCUCAACUGAUGAAGGGCACCGUGACCUUCAGGGACCCCCUGCUCAAACAAUCCUCGGACAGUGAGCUCAUUGCCCAGCAGCAACUUGCAGCGGGCCGCCCGCGCUACCUCUUUCAGAGAAGAUCUAAGCUAUGGGGAGACCCAGUUGAGAGCCGACCCCUUUCCCACGGGGGCCCUGUGGAAAUAGAAAAGCCGUCAGUGAUUGGAGAAAUCAGUUCCCGACUCCAGCUGCUGAACAAGGACACACGAUCACUAGGGGAGGAGCCAUCAAUUCCAGGAAUGGAACCGGUUAAGAAGUCUCCCGUAGUGGCAGCUCGCUUGUUCAGCAGUCUUGGAGAGCUGCACACUAUUUCCCAGCGCAGCUAUGGAACAUCCUACACCGUACGCCCCGGGAGCAGACACCCACUGACUCGCCGGGCCCCAAGCCCUGUGCCAUCUUCCUCUGAGAGAGUGGAGCCAUUAGGAGGGGCACGAUCUUACACACUUACGCCUCCCACUAUCCUGAAGUCCUCCAGCCUUUCAGUUCCUCACGAACCUAAGGAGGUGCGCUUUGUAGUGAGAAGUGUCAGUGCCCGGAGCCGAUCUCCUUCUCCAUCUUCUGGGCAUCCCCUGCAUCCUACUCGUCCAUUUAUGCAGAAGCCCCUCUCACUAUGGAAUAAGUAUGAUGUGGGUGACUGGCUGGAGAGUCUAAACCUGGCUGAACAUCGCCUCAAGUUCCAGGACAAUGAAAUUGAAGGCUCUCAUCUACCUGCUCUAACUAAGGAUGAUUUUGUAGAACUGGGGGUUACCCGUGUGGGCCAUCGUAUGAACAUUGAGCGUGCCCUUCGUCAGCUGAGCACCAGCUGACCCGGCCAGGAGCUGCGGUCCCAAUCCUCGGGAGAGCAACUCUGCACCGCUUCGGGGGGAGGAAUGACUUUACAUACACAUAGUGACAGGCAUUGCCCUGAACACACAGAACAAAUACAAAGGGGAACAGACAGCACUGUACCAACACAUACAAUGCAACAGUGCCCAAAACAUACAGAGCAAACCUCUUGCUUUGCACACAUACAGAGUCCGACACACUGCCCUGAAAAUACACACAGGAGGACAGCACACUGCACUGAGCUCGUACCCAGGGGAACACAUUGCAGUUCACACACUGUCACAAUAACAUCUGCAAUCACACUUAGCCUUUCACAGGCCGACACUCUUACGUUGACACACACUGACAGCCAGACUGUAAAACAUACAUUAUCUGAGACAUAAAUGAAAAUGCAUUUAAAGAGUACCCACCAACAUACAGUUUCCCAUUAACAGACAGAGGCAUUAAUAAUACACUUAUAUGUAGAACAACAAGUUUACAUUUAUUGUAGCUCAAAACACACAUUCCUCUCCUCUCCUUGUGCGGUGCAAUGGGGCCCAGUCACUGAUUCCCCAACUCUCUUUCUCUUUCUGUGCCAUGGAGGGCAGGAAGGAUCAGUCCCGGGGUCCCAGGGCCAGGCCACUGUGUGUAAAUUCUAAUUUUUUUUAAGCUGAACAACAAAGGGAUCGCAGUCAGACACAGAAAGGGGCAAACCUCCAUACCAAGAUGGGACUCAUGGAGAGAAAUCCAUGGAUUGGGCUGGAAGAAUCCGCAGGUUCCAGCCACCGCCACUGUGGGACGCUUUUUAUGCAUCUUUUUAAUUAGCUAUAUAUUUGAAGAGAAAAUGACUUAACUAUAUAUAUAUCCAUAUAUAUAUCUAUAUAUAUAUAUAUCUAUAUACACAACACCCUCUCACUGGACUUUUUAUAUAUAUACAGCAAAUCUGGGGAUGUUUAGAGGUUUUUGCGUGUCCCGCGCUGCCUCAUUUUGGGAUUUAAAUUUUUAUUUGGGUUUUGAUUUGUUAAAGUUUUUUUUAUCAAGGUUCUAAGAGUUAUUUCAAUAAACCCCUCACCAUGCCACCAGCAUUCCUUACAAUGAGACAUGCAUAUUUAUUUUUUUUUUUUGGUCAACAUCUCACAUGGGGUAAUUAUUACCUUGGAAUAAUCAUUAUCAUUUUAUAUUUAUGUGCACAUUGGGGCUCAUUAAAAUCACCCAUCCGUGUAGCCAAAAGAAAAGUUUGUAUUUUAGUUGUGAAUUCUAUGGUUGGGUGUCCUGGGAUAACUCUUUGUUAUGUUUGAUGGAUUUCAUCUUUUAUUUCCUAGGAUAUUCCAUGAGGGUUUUCUUCGGAGGUGGGUUUUUCCUGAUUCUAUUUUGUUAAACCCCUUUCACUGGACAUUUUAGUUAAAUAUUAAGGGGGAAGAAUCAUUUGGAUUAAUUGUUUAUAUUUAAUUUGGAGGUAAUGUUGACUUUAUCCAGGGUUUUGUCUAUUCAGGUCUUCAGUAUUAGCAAUUAUUUCCUCACUACAUUGCUUUUCAUGGUUGAGCCGGAGAAAGAAUAGACCCCUCUCCUUUGAGCAGUGUACAGCACCCUGACAAAUGACACCCAGAAUUCCUCUCACAUUGCAGUUAUGUCCCAAGAUAUUGCACGACAUGCAGUAGACUGUUGAUAUCUAGGCAACAAUCUCAUGCAAUGCCUUGCAUAUUGUCACCUACUUGUGGACAUUGACUGGAGAUGAGGGAGGAUCACGGAGCCGGCUGGGUCCUCUCAUGUACUAUGUCCCUGUGCACCUGAGGAUACAUUACCCGGGGGUGACCGACCUGGAUCCGGUGUGCCUUACUGCCAUGAUAAUCGCUUCAGGUCCCUAGUGGGGAGAAGCAAUCUGAUGAUAUCCCAUUCCCUGCAGUGCCUUAUCGCCAUUGUGGAGCUUAGACAAGACCCUCUGACUGUGCUACAUGCGCUGCUCUUUUAGAGCAGGAGAAUAUACAGCCCCCAAGAUGGAGCGAUCGCUGCUGCUUCUCUGACUGGAAUAGCCCGAACCCCAUGACCCAAUUGAGCCUCAUACACAGGGCUAUAUUCCAGCUCCCUGCUUGCUAGAGGGAUUUCACUGAGCCAGGUUACAAGGCAA